AUGUACGGAGUCCUUGUUAUCGGAGCUCCUGGAGCUGGUAAAUCAACAUUCUGCGCAGGUUUGACUGAUAUUUUCACACAAACCGGGCGGCCCUUUGUCACGAUUAACCUAGAUCCGGCAAACGAUACAAUGGCGUAUGCACCAGAUGUGAAUAUCUCAGAGUUGAUCACUGUAACAGAUGUAAUGGAUCGACUGGGUCUCGGGCCGAAUGGAGCUCUGAAAUACUGUAUUGAGACACUCGGAACGAAUAGCGAUUGGCUUCUUCAAAAAAUCGAAGCAAACCGCAAGAAAUAUAUGAUCAUCGACUGUCCUGGUCAAUUGGAACUUUAUAAAAGUGAAGGAGAAUUGUGGAAAGUGAUCAGACAUUUGGAGAAAGCUGGAGUUCGUCUAUGCGCUCUCCAUUUAGCUGAUUCGUUGUAUUGCAGUGAUCCGUCAAAGUUUAUUUCUGUCGCACUUUCAACAUUAGCAACAAUGGUGACAAUGGAAAUGCCACAAGUGAAUUGCCUAUCGAAAGCAGAUAUUUUCUCACCCGAAGGUACCUACGAUCUCGAUUUCUUCUCAUAUUUACCCGAUGUCAAUCGCCUUCUGGAUCUUCUGAAUGAAGUUCCCGGGUUGGAGAAAUAUCGAAAGUUGAAUGAAGCAAUUUGUGGAGUUAUCACUGAUUUCGAUCUUGUUUCAUUCGUUCCGCUGGCAGUUGAGAAUAAGGAAUCAAUGAUGAAAGUGAUUCAAAUGGUCGAUACAGCGAAUGGAUUCUCUUUAACUGAACAAGGAGAUAUUCGAGAACUGAUUCUUAAUUCGAAGUCGUGA